CAUAUAUUGUACGUAUUAAGCAUCAGUAAUGUGCAUACUUGGAAGAGAUUACGUGUUUUUAAUCAAAAACAUUGAUUUACGUCUUUAUGUCUCGGGAAGAAACAUAGGAGGGGGUUCAAUUAAGUAACAGCAAUAUGUCAGUCAAAACUUGCAUAAAAUAGCCUGCAACAUAAAACCAUUUCUAACGAAAGAACAAUUAAAACGUGAAGACUUCAGUGGGAAAUUCUAGCAGCCUACUUUAAGUGAUUUAUUUUAAGAAACACUCAAAUCUCUUUUUUUUAUUUAAGACGGAAAAAUGAUUGAGGUUCGAGGUCUUUGCUUUUCUUGUCUUCGAUGACGCCUGCACUUAGUUACAAUAUCGUUAUUAUUACGAUAACUGUAGCAGCUCAUAGUUCGCAACUUGAUCACCGUGUAACCCGUCAUAGUACUACUAUGUUACAUUUAGUAGGUGUUUAUACGAGUUUUUGAUCUCGCUUUUUUGCUGUCAUUAAUGUAACAAUUUGUUGUCCGUAAUAAUUAGCCGGUUUUGUUCAUUCGCAUCGAUCUCUUAAUAUGUGUAAUGCAUUUUUCUAUGUUGAUAAAAUGCAAACUCGUAGAGAUGAACACGUCGGGUUUUUUUGUUACAAUUUCACUAGACCGUAACUCAAAUGAAACGUCCAAGUUAAUUACGCGACGGCCCACGUGGUUUUGUUGCCAACAUUUUCUUAUAACUAGACAUGUAACCUUGAUUAAUUAUGUGGUUAUUGACUCAAGUUGACAAAUUAUUUCAGUCUUGGUGUUACUUGGUUUAAAUUUAACAGGUUUAAUGCAGUUCUGUGCUCACAAGACCCCAGCCCCCUCUCCAGUGAAAGUAACGCGUCAAUCUAUACGUAGCACGUCACAGUUAGGGGGGUGGGCCGAACACACGGAGAAGGGAGAGCAAAGCCGGUGGCAGACCAGCAAAGCACCGAGGUUGUGGAAGAUGGCAGUAAACGUUCGCUUGACCUCAGACUCUACUGAUAAAUACAACCGUUAUGAGUUACUGGCAUGGAUGAAUGAGUCUCUACAAACAGAGUUUUCAAAGGUUGAGCAGCUUUGUUCAGGUGCGGCGUUCUGCCAGUUGAUGGACUUGCUUUUCCCUGGUUCUGUGUGUUUGAAGAAGGUGAAGUUUCAGGCCCGAGAAGAUAUUGAGUUCUUCCAUAAUUACAAACUGUUAAACGCAAGCUUUCUGAAAUUGGGUGUAACCAAGACUGUACCUGUGGACGAAUUGGUAAAAGGAACAUUUCAGGAGAACUUCAGUUUUACAAAGUGGUUCAAGAAAUUCUUUGAUGCCAACUACGAGGGUCAUGCUUACGAUGCUUUAGCUGCUCGCGAAGGGCAGGAGAUUCUCCCCGUGCAAACGAACGCCUCAUCUUUUAGAUGUAGGCAGUUGAAGAACAAAGAAUAUGCACAGGUAAAAGUGAAAUGUGAAGACUCAGAUCCUGAAGAUGAAUCGUUUAACAAGAAAAGGAAACAUCGAAAUUCGUACAAUCACUUCUGGCAAGAAUGUUUUGACUGGGUUAGCCCGGGUAGUCUAGGUGAAAUGUAUGCUUAUUGUGACAUCUGCGAAAUCAAUUUAAAUAUAAACCACGGUGGCAAGAAUGACUUAAAGCGACACGGUGAAUCAAAGAAACAUCGGAAAAAUGCCCAGAAAAAAAAAACAUGGAAAGUUCAAAAGACUAACAGCAACUUGGAGCGAAGUUUGCUUGACUCCUUUCCCUGUGGCUAUGGCACUUUGAAAUUCAUUGAGAAAUACUGCAGGGAUCUGGAAGUUAUUCAGAACAUGUGCAACGGUGGAAAGGUUUCACGCAUCAUGGCGCGCUAUGUGAUGGGACUGAAAUAUCCAAAGGAUAUAACUGACAUGUGUUGUCAAACUCCAUAUUGUAUUUAUUUAUACCAGAAUGUAGAUUUGGGAGAUGCGGAGAGAGGUAAUGUCAUAUUGGUGGGUUUUUUCAGUGAAACAGUUGGGAAAAGUGUGAUUCGAUUUUUUGACGUUACACAAUGCACAGCAGAGAGUGUACAGACAGCUUUUGACUGCUUUGUAGAGACACUUAAGAAAUUUGAUAUCCCAAUUCACAAUCUUGCUGCUUUCUAUUCAGAGGGUGGAGCUUCUGAUGAUGAUGAUGAUGAUGAUAACUUUCUUUCCAGGCUAAAAGAAGUAAGCCCUAAUGUUGUUAAUAUGGGAAGCCUUUGCCAUAUGGUAGACUGUGUCAGCAAAUCUGGAGUUGCAGCAAUGUCCACUCUUGUGGAUGAACUUGUGUUGGAUAUUCGUAAUCAUUUCUUAUCCUCUUCCAAAACCAACCAGAAAUUGAAGGAGCUUUUUGUGAAUGUGGAACCUUUCGAUUCAGCCCGACCUGCAUCGGCACAGUGCCUUGUGCUCAGCGAAAUCAUCAAGAAGAUGCUGGCGGCAUGGCCUGAUCUCAUUAAGUACUUUCAGUCUCGCACCCUCAAGGGUGACAAAAUCCGGGUAAUCUGCGAAAGGCUGGAAAGCCACAAGGUCAGGGUGACGUUCUUGUUUUUGAAACACGCACUGGAACCUCUGUGUGCCUUCAGCCUCAAGCUGCAGAACCAGGAAAGCCUUCUCCCGCUGCUGCUGAAGGACCUGAGCGGAACGCUGCGGGCAUAUGCUGGUAGGCUGCUGCUCCCCGAGGCAACGGUUAAACUGCUGAAGAGUCAGGAUCUCAAACUCCUGGGCAAGGCAGAGAAUGUACUGCCACACAGUGAGCUAUGCGUCGGACCAGAAGCUGAGAAGUACCUGACGGAACACGAGGAUGACCUUGGAGCUGCCGACAAAGCCGUGUUCUUUAAAGACGCUGCAUUGUUCUAUUCUGCUGUGAUAAUGCAGAUGCUUCAGAGACUCCCAUUGAAUGAUAGCUCCCUGAGAAAUAUCUCCACUCUGUUGAAUCCUGCCUGCAAAUUGAAAAUCACUGGGAAAAUGGUUGUGGACCUUGCUUCCCAGCUUGGAGUUUGUAGCAACUCAGAAGAAACUAGCCAACUCAAUGAUGAGUUUCUAGAAUAUCAGCUGUCAGAAAGUGAUACAGGUGCCAGUCUGUCCUGUUUGUCAAUGCAGCAGUACUGGAGUAAUGUUUUAAAAUCGUCUUUCUCUGGCUCUGGAGGACAGCUGUCAGUUUUCCAAAGACUGAUGCUGACUUUGUUGUGCCUACCACACCCUGCUUUAAAAGCAGAGAUAGCCUUCAGUAAGGCAGUUGAGAACGGAGACGCGUCGCUCAUUGAUGACAGCUUGUCUCACAGUGAGUGGGAAGACACCACAGACCUGGACCUCACUAACGGGACUGAAGACAGUUUCCAAUCCGCUGAAGAGCCUUCCUCACCACCGCGCCCCAAACAGAACGCGGAGACCAGCUCCACAGAUAUGGUUGAACUUUGCCGGAUGAAGCCCUGUGUUGUGCUGGUGGAAAAGAGGAUAAACUAUACAGAAAAUGUCAUUAUCCAGUCUAACCAAAAAACAGCAAAAAGCAGCUCUGAUGUGGGAGAUGAGAGUUUUUGGGAUAACUCUUUUAAAGAGGGGGUGCCCAGGGGAAUAUAUGGGUGGGAUUCAAGUCUCCGACAGAAACCCCCUGCUCGCAAAAUAUAUCAGGCAGGUGCGAAUUCCUGGGAAAAACCAAAGACUGACAACUGCAGUCCAAGCACAAAAACGAAUUUAAGCACACCUCUGGAGAAAAAGAGUAAGACGGCUAUCUGCACCUCUACGCCAAGAAAGGCAGCCAAGAAGUCAUUUCCAUACACGGACGGGAGAGGGUUCAGAGUUGGCGAGCUCGUGUGGGGGAAGGUGAAGGGCUUCUCCUGGUGGCCAGGCCUUGUGGCUGGCUGGCCGCACAAGCAGGCUCCUGCCUCCAUGAGGAGGGUUGAGUGGUUCGGAGAUGGCAUGUAUUCAGAGAUUUACACAGAGAUGUUGCUCCCCUUUGCAGCUUUCUCAGAGUGUUUUUCUAACACUUCCUACGCCGAUCUGCCCGCUUAUAAGGAUGCGAUCUUCCAGUCGCUUGAGAUAGCCGGUGAGAGAUCUGGGAAGACAUUUCCACCGUGUAAGAAGGACGAGCAGCAAAAACUCAUGCUGGAGUGGGCAUUAAAAGGGUUUCAACCAGGAGGAGCCGAGGGCCUGAAACCACCUGAAAUUACAGAACCAGCAGUAGUCCUAAAAGAAGACCCUAUGGAGAUCCCUAUUCAAGAUUAUCAGCCCCCUGUGAAGAAGCAUAAAUACUACAGUAAAAACAAAGGCGCAGCUGAGCAGGACUACACCAGAGAACAAAUGGUCCAAGAAGUUUUGCAAAAAGGAAAAAAUUUAGAAGAUUUCUGUCUGUCUUGUGGAACCGUGAGAAUCGAGAUAUUUCAUCCCCUGUUUGAAGGAAGCCUGUGUCUAAAGUGCAAGGAUAAUUUCUGUGAAACAUUAUACCGUUACGAUGAGGAUGGGUACCAGUCAUACUGUACAGUGUGUUGUGCUGGUCAAGAGGUCAUUCUUUGUGGAAAUUCCAGUUGCUGUCGGUGCUACUGCAUUGAUUGCCUGGAGUUCUUGGUGGGUCCGGGGACGUUUGAGAAAGUGAAGGAGGUAGAGCCCUGGCAUUGCUACCUGUGUCUGCCUUCUAAGCGCUACGGACUCCUGAAGCAAAGACCCAACUGGAGCGUUAAAGUUCAGGAGUUCUUUGUGAAUACGAGCGCCAUGGAAUUUGAACCCCACAGAGUGUACCCAUCAAUCCCCGCAGAUCAGCGUCGACCCAUUAAAGUCUUGUCUCUCUUUGACGGCAUUGCCACAGGAUAUUUAGUCUUAAAGGAUCUGGGCUUCAAGGUAGACCGGUACAUUGCAUCUGAAAUCUGUGAAGACUCUAUCGCAGUUGGCCUUAUCAAACAUGAAGGAAAAAUUGAACAUGUGGAUGAUGUCCGAAGCAUUACGAAAAAACAUAUAGCGGAGUGGGGUCCCUUUGACCUGCUGAUUGGGGGAAGCCCCUGUAAUGACCUCUCAAUUGUCAAUCCAGCAAGGAAAGGUCUAUUUGAGGGCACAGGAAGACUGUUCUUUGAAUAUUAUCGUUUGCUGAACAUGCUUAAACCGAAGGAAGGAGACUCCCGACCUUUCUUCUGGCUGUUUGAGAACGUGGUGGCCAUGGGUGUCCGGGACAAACAGGAUAUUUGUCGCUUCCUGGAGUGCAACCCCGUGUUGAUCGAUGCAGUCAAAGUGAGUCCAGCACAUAGAGCACGAAACUUCUGGGGUAACAUACCAGGAAUGAACAGGCCACUUGCUAUUUCUUUGAAUGAUAAAGUUGAACUACAAGCCUGCCUAGAACAUGGCAGAAUAGCAAAGUUUAAAAAAGUCCGUACUAUCACAACACGUCCAAACUCCAUUAAGCAGGGCAAACAAGAGAUGCUUCCUGUUGUCAUGAACGGAAAAGAGGAUAACCUGUGGUGUACAGAGCUGGAAAGGAUCUUCGGCUUUCCCAAGCAUUACACAGAUGUAUACAACAUGGGACGCGGGGCUCGUCAGAAGGUCCUUGGAAGGUCGUGGAGUGUCCCUGUGAUCCGCCACUUGUUCGCACCUCUCAAAGACUACUUUGCCUGUGAAUAGCAACAACAAUGCAAAUAACAAGACCUCGCACUUCAAGACAACACUUUUAGGUUCCAGCAAGGAGAAACCAACCACAAGGCAGGCACGGAGACUACAGUGCUAGGGGUUGGCCGUGACCCCCCCCCCCCCCCACAUGUCUCUUUAAUAUUAGGGGCAUUAUUUUAUGAUACCAUCAGCUACUACCAGUUACAUGUAACUUUUUAAAAUACACAUUGUUUUGCUCAGGAUUUUUUAAAGAUCAUUUUUAAGGUUGUCAGACUUGGUAGUCUGUUUUUAAACAGUUUUACAAGUACAAAUACUUUUGUUUUAAGUACAUCUCAGGUUUAAUGCGCCUCUUGCAGCAUGAUGUUGCUGUUACAAAACUGUUUCUGUUUAAAUUGGAAAGCUUGGUAUUUUUGCCGCUUCACAAUUGUAGACGUUCUGAACAAGCAUGGUCAGUUACAGCCUACCUCAAAGCUUUCCUGUAAAACGCGCUGUGCCUGUCUUUUUUUAUAUUUUUAAAUGUAUUCAGUGCCAGCAAAUGUCGGUUAAAAUUGGCUGGGAUCUGCAUGAUCCCAAUUGGGUAUCAUCCAAACUCUUCACUUUGGAGCAUUGGGGGUUUUCUUGGGGUUUUUUUGUUUUAAUUUAAUAAUGGUUGUUUUUUAUUGUAUAAACAUGGGAAUACCUUUUCAGGCACAGGAAGUCAAACAGCUGUCAAAAAUAGAUGCCGCCUUUACUUCAUAAUGAAUGUGUUAUGUGCCUACCCCAAGAUGAGCUGUAACAUGACUCUCAUUACUCUGACUGGGCUUAAGGGGCUGUUGUCUUGGAUGAUGAUCACAGAAUAAUCAGUAAUGACUUUAUAUCUGUUGUGUGAAAUAACAUGUGUUUUUUUUUUUUGUUUUUGUUUUUAGUAAAAUAAUUGAUACAUUUAAAUUGUAGGAUUUAAGUUGAAGGGAUACUCUUUAUAUGUUUUAUAUCCGAUUCAUUAAGUAUAAUUUCUUGCCAUUUUAAUAUCCUGCGAUUUUGUGUUCCUUGCCAUACACCAUAUAGUGUUUUGUGCUUAGAUUUAACCUCUUCUAAAAGCUGAAUUUCUUAAGCAAGGUGGUUUUAGACACGUCCACUAGCAGGUGUGCAACUGUCAUUUCUGUCCCCCCUGCAACUGUGGCUAUACAGUUGCACGCCCCUAUUGGUUAUUUAAAAAAACACUGCAUCUCAGAAAUUCACUUUGUUAGAAGUGCUGUACGUUUUUGUCUGUGAUUAAAUCCCAUUAUAUGAACAGUAUUUCAUUUUAAUGUCAGUGUUACGUGAGGAUUUAAUCUCCAUGGAUGAUUUUAUUUUUUGCUCUAGAAGUGAAAAAACCUUCAUUUUAAGCUAAAAAAGACCCUGUUUUGAGAGCUGAUUUCUUGCGUGAGAAAGUUCUGAGUUUGUUUUCCCUAAGCACGGCCAUUCUGGGAUUGAUUGUGUUAGAGUUGCUAAAUGGAAAUUGAAAAGCCAAUGUAAAUGAUGGUGUGUAUUCCUGAAGGAAACCUAUUUUAAAGUCAUUUUUACUCCAAAUGGGAGUAGAUAGUGUGAACAGAAUCAGGUAGGGAACGGAAUCAACAGUAGCAUUAAACAUCUCUCAAAAGUGCCUCCUAUACUCAAGCAAAAACAAGAAGUGAUGAACAGAUUUAACAUCGGUUUGUCCUGUGAAAAUAGAUAUGUCUGGUUUAAUAGAUUCAGGAGCAAGCUGGCAAUGUUAACUAAGCUAGGCCUUCCACAAUCUACAGCAGCAUUUUUAAAAGAGGCCUUUAAAGUGUCUGCCUGCAAAGCAGAGUACAGCCACACCAUUAACUGCAAAGCUAAUGCUCUAGGAUUGUAUUGUCAGGAAGCAACCGGUCCUCUUUUGCAUUGUCCUGUUCUAUGUAUGUCAUGUUUUAACUAGGUUUCACAAUUCUGAAAACUGACCAAUAGUACUUUUAUUGAUAGCUAUGUUUAAUCAUGGGAGUAGCUUUCAAGGUCUUUUCAUAUGCAUUUUUAGCUAUUGUAAAAAAAAAGUUAAAAACACAAGCCAGUGAUAACUCUUGCAUGCAAACCACACAGAAAUAAGUCUCAGGUGAAAUCUCACUUUCAAAUCAUUUCCCCUUCAAUGUGGUAUAUAAGGAUGUAUAACUUUCUGGUAAAGCACAAUGACGACCCAAAGCAGUCUGAUAAAUAUAAAUACCCAUUCAGCAAUAGCAGUCUCUGCUUUGAGGAACCAAACCAAUCUGUAAAGUCAACGAGAUAUUACUAAUUCCGCCUCCUUUUUUUUUUUUUUCAAUUUGUUUAAUAUAUAAAACAGAAAUUAGUUGCAUAUCCCAUUUUUUUAAAGUCUGCUUUUAAUUUCACCCAUCAAAAGGAACUGCUAAGUACUAGUCUGGUCUGGUGCUUUAAUACAAAUGUAUCAGACUUGCUUGUUUGCUAGUAAUUUGCAAAUGGCUACAAAAUUAGAUAACAUACAAAUUGAGUUUCAUAAUACAGGAGCAAUAUGCAAUACUGAUGUCCCUUAAAACCAGGUGAAUUAAUUCUACCAAAUGCCUGUAUCUGAAGUACUGUAUUUAUUGUGUACUGUAUAAGCAUUUCUAAACAAUGUGUUAAUCCUGGAUUUUUUUGUGUGUAAUUUAUCACUGAGGAUUGCAUUUGCAUCUUCGAUGACUAACUGCAUUGAUGAUGUGAAUUUGACUGGACCCUUCUUUUGGUGAACAAUCACUGACUUCUUAAAAAAUGUUUGUAAAUCAUGUGAACGUAAAACCGGUGCUAUCAUUGUUUUAAACCAACAGAAAAAAAGUCAGCAAAUAUUAUGCCAACAUGUGCCCUAGACUAGAGUUGUUUGUAGGCCUUGUGAAAAGUGAUGUCUUUGUACUGUUAAGAUUUCACAAUAAUACCUCAUGACAGAUUUAGAAGGGGUUUUAGGGUAUUUUGUACUUUUGUUGGUGCUACUUUUGUAAUUCUAGUUUUAGACUUUUUUUUUACCUCCCUUAUAUGUGUACUCUGUUAGUAAAAGGGUUGCUGACGAUAUCAGUGAAUUAAUAACAAUUAUGAUCAGUAUCUCAAGUUUAUAACUCCGUGUUAGAAACAUACCAUUUGUGUUACCUGUUAUUCUAUGUUCUGUAUGUGUAACCAUAGAAAAUAAAGUGAAUGUGGUUCA